CCCAAGGACGCAGAGAGAGAGGAGUCCGCGACUCUGAAUUAAUGUCCGCGGUCCGCGACUGGAAAAGAGAAGUGUGGAGACCAUAUGGCCCUGGGAAUAAGGAAUUAUAUACGUUUAUAACUCCACCAAAUGGAAUUAUUAUAAUGGAUGAACGUUAUAGGGAAUAUAGCCUUCAUUGGGAUUGGAAGGAGAUCUGCAAUACGCUUUCAUGAAUCAUUUUGGAACCACAAGGUAACAUCUUGUUGGGUGAGAACCAGGCAGGAAGGAGUGGUCUCAGACCAAAAGCAGCAACAGUCAUGGUUUGGAGAGCAGGCCUUCUGCUCAGCAUACUGCUAGCUACAGCCACACACACCCUGUCUGCCAGCUUCCCAGAGGACAGUAUACCCCUGGACAUUGUCGAUGCACACUUCUCGCGGCAGUACCCAGUAUUCCGAGGUCGUCCAUCGGGGAACGAGUCACAGCACAGACUGGACUUCCAACUGAUGACCAAGAUACAGGAUACGCUGUUCAUCGCUGGCAGAGACCAGGUGUAUCUUGUGAGUCUCCGAGAAUCCUACAGGAAUGAGAUCAUUCCCUACAGGAAGUUAACAUGGAGGUCAGGCGAGGCAGACAGAAAGAACUGUGCCAUGAAGGGGAAACACAGAGAUGAGUGUCAUAACUACAUCAAGGUUCUGGUUCCCAGAAAUGAUGACCUGGUGUUCAUCUGUGGAACAAACGGCUUCAACCCCAUGUGCCGUUACUACAGGCUGGAUAACCUGGAGUUUGACGGGGAGGAAAUCAGCGGACUGGCACGAUGCCCGUUUGACGCCAAGCAGACCAACGUCGCUCUGUUCGCUGACGGGAAGCUGUACUCGGCGACGGUUGCUGACUUCCUGGCGAGCGACGCAGUGAUCUACCGUAGUAUGGGUGACGGCUCGGCCCUCAGGACUAUCAAAUACGACUCCAAAUGGCUGAAAGAGCCCCAUUUCCUGCAUGCAGUGGAUUAUGGGAACUAUGUCUACUACUUCUACAGAGAGAUCGCAGCAGAACACAACAACUUGGGCAAGGCCGUCUACUCCAGAGUGGCUCGUAUCUGUAAGAACGACGUAGGCGGGUCCCAGCGUGUGUUGGAGAAACACUGGACGUCCUUCGUCAAGGCCAGACUCAACUGUUCUGUUCCUGGAGAAUCGUUCUUCUACUUCGAUGUUCUACAGUCCAUCACUGACAUCAUCAACAUCAACGGAGUUCCUUCUGUGGUGGGAGUCUUCACUACACAGAUGAACAGUAUCCCAGGGUCUGCAGUGUGUGCGUUCUCCAUGGAUGACAUAGAGAAGGUGUUCAGAGGACGAUUUAAAGAACAGAAAACACCUGACUCUGUCUGGACCGCCUUCCCAGAGGAGAGACUGCCCAAACCCAGGCCAGGCUGCUGUUCGGGUCAUGGCCAGGCUGAGUCCUAUAAGACCUCUAUAGAGUUCCCUGAUGAGACCCUCCUCUUCAUCAAGUCUCACCCCCUCAUGGACGCCUCCGUGCCUAACAUAGGAGACGAGCCCUGGUUCACCAAGACACGCGUCAGGUACAGGCUGACAGCCUUGGCGGUGGACAACGCGGCUGGUCCACAUGGUAACUACACGGUGCUGUUCAUUGGUUCAGAGGCGGGCGUGGUGCUGAAGGUUCUAGCCAAGACUUCCCCUCUGUCCCUAAACGACAGCAUCCUAUUGGAGGAGAUCGACCUGUUCAACAGAGCCAAGUGUCUGUCUAACAAUGAGGAUGACAGGCAUAUUUUGUCGCUCCAUGUUGACAGAGACACACACAGUGUGUAUGUAGCUUUCUCUAGCUGUGUGGUUCGCAUGCCUCUCAGCCGCUGUGAGCGACACACUAACUGCCACAAGUCUUGUAUAGCGUCCAGGGACCCCUACUGUGGCUGGAUGCCUCAUGGAGCCUGUGAGAGGAUCCUGCCUGGAGUUCUGUCUGGUUAUGAGCAGGAUGUAGAGUUUGGGAACACGGUUCAGCUGGGAGACUGCCAUGUGUUUUUGGCCACUACAUCAGCGACAGAUUACAAAUCAUUUGGUGACCCGACCUCUGACAUGGAGUUGUCAUCUACGUCAUUCACAGACCAGCCCAGUGGGCCCAUACACCCCCCAGUACCCCCAGUACUCACCCCCACCCUGAGCCCCCAUCCUGGGCUUGGUCCCGGGGAAAGGCCUGGGUUGGGGCCUGGGGCUGGUUCUCCAGACCUGUAUGGCUCAGGGUUUGUGCAGCAGGAUGACCCGGCCACCUCCCAUUCACUAGAGUCACUCCCAGGGGGCCUAGAGGGUGUGUGGGAGAUCCAGGCGGGAGAAGCCAAUCAGAUGGUCCACAUGAAUAUCCUGAUCAGCUGUGUGUUGGCUGCCUUCCUCCUGGGGGCGCUAGUGGCAGGCCUGGUGGUGUUCUGCUAUAGAGACUCCUUCCUCCGCCACAAGCCCCGGCACGCCCACAAAGAUGCAGAGUCAGCCCCCUCCUGCAGCGACUCCACCGGAUCCUUCACUAAGCUUAACGGGCUCUUCGACAGUCCUGUCAAGGAGUACCAGCCAAGUCUGGACUGUCCCAAGCUGUACACCAACUUACUGAGCAGUGGUAAGGACCUGACACCUAACGGAGACACCAAGACCAUGAUCCUCCGGGACGGCUGUCAGCCUCCCGAGCUGGCCGCCCUGCCCACCCCCGAGUCUACCCCUGUGCUGCAGCAGAAAGUCCUGCAGCCAAUCAGGAACCAGUGGGAGCGAGCCAAUCACCACGGGAAGAUCAACGGAUCCAGGAAGAACUCCAACUCUACCUCCUCCUCCUCCAUCGCCAAGAAUCCCCAGUUCCACCCGAGUUCCCCCCCCCCUCCUCACCCCCAGCCCCACCCUGCGCUGGGACACUCCCACAUCCCCAGCGCCGUCGUCCUUCCCAACGCCACGCACGAAUACCGCAGUGGUUACCAUGGAAACCCGGCCGACGACGUCACGCCGCCGCGCACCCUGGACAGGAAGCCAGAGAACAUGGAACACCUGCAGGCCACGCCCCCUCAUUCUAAAGGAAGCAGAAAGGAGCAGAAGAGGUCGCUGGAUGCCAGGAACACACUGAACGACCUGCUGAAGCACCUGAACGAUGCUAACACGGCUAACGCUAGCUCCAAGGCUAUCCUCCAAGAGGGGGCCGGCUCAGCGCCUCGACCCAGCAGACAACACCUGAUGCUGGAGCCUCUAGGGGACAUCACUGAGGUUCCCCCAAAGGUCCCCAGCCGAGAGGCCUCUCUUUACUCCCCCUCCUCCUCCUCCUCCCUGCCCAGGCACAGCCCCACCAAGAGGGUUGACGUCCCCCUGCCCUCCACCCCUAGCUCCCCCACAGGCAGCCUGGGUAUGGGAGGAAGCAUGAGCGGCACCCUGGAGAGGAGGUACGGCUCUCAUCACAGGAGCUCUUCUCACAGACACUCCCUCACCGCCACCUCUCCCAACGGAGUCAGUAUGGGGGUGUCGUUGUCCCACCAACACAGUAUGAACAGAGGGGGGUACAUGCCCCCCACCCCUCCCUCCAGACUGGACUCCCAGAGGGGGCUCCACUCCCCCCAUCAACACCCCCACCCCCCCUCCCUGUCCCGCCAGAGCAGCUACAGUGGGCACGGCUCGCUCCCCCGCCAGGGACUUAAACGGACCCCGUCCCUAAAGCCUGACGUCCCCCCUAAACCCAACGCCUUCACCCCACAGACUCCUCAGAUGAGGGUGGUCAACAAGUACAGCUACUAGGACACUAUAGACACUAUGGAGUGUACUACCAAGUGUACUAACUGGGACAGGGCAGGGGCACUACUGAAUGUGCUCUAGAGCCAGACUGGUUAUGAGAAGGCUUAGGGAGGGAGUAGGACCAUGUGUGUGUCAGGGUGUGUCCCCAUAGAAUGAUUCAUUCCUUCACUCUAAAAAGGGAAAAUCACACCAGUGGCCAAAGAUGUGACGUGGAGUUCUGUGUCUUGUCUUGUGGCUCCAUGUUUCUCUCCAUCUCACAACACACUGGUCAGUCUCCUCUAACCCUGACCCCUGGCCCUGACUCACUAACCCCAGCCCCAGGACAUAAGGCAGGGUGGGGGUAGAUGGGUGUAGGGGUCCUGUAGGGGACUAGCGUGGCCCCCAGUGUGUAGCCUGGCUCUAUGAUCCUGACUGUGGACGGUACGAGGUCUAACUCCGAGAACUACUUGAAGAAUGGGUCUGAUGUCUCACUGUCACUAAGCACUGUCUGUUUGUGCCACAAAUGGCACCCUAUUCCCUUUGUUGUCAACUACUUCUGACCACGGCACAUAGGCCUGGUUGUACCUAGUGCACUAUAUAGGGAAUAAGGGUGCCAUUUGGGGGACACGCUCUGUCUUCCCAUGAAUGUGAACUGGACUGAACUGAACUAGGGGGAGGAAUAGGAUAGAACUGUUUGUAUCUUAUCUGUCUGACUGAUGGGGGAGAGCAGCGAGGAGACACACUAAACAUAGUGUCCCUUUAGAGGUGUUUAACUCAACUAUAAAGACGGAGGAGGAAGGAAGGCAACAGAGAGAACACCAGUGUGUGUCAGCUGGAGGGCAAAACCCAAUGUACAGCAAACACAUACACACACACUUUGCUUGGGGAGGUGAAAGGCCUGGCUGCCUACGUACCCUAACAGGGACCCUCUGUAACUCACUGGGAUAUCUACUGAACACGUUUGCUGCUAUUGGUUUAUGAUGAGUAAUGUAUGUUGCUAUUGGUUUAUGAUGAGUACUAUAUGUUGAGUGUAUUUAGUCCUCUUAUGCGUCUGUACCCUACAGCUGCCGUUGUCUCCUGACGUGUGUGUGUGUGUAUGUGCGUACAGACCAUGCAAUUCAGUGCACUGUUAGAACAGGCUCCAGUGCCAUCAGAGUCCUCUAUCAACACAUACCACUCUUCUCCUGUCUCACACAGACACACAGAUACAAACUGGCGAUGCAGAGACCUUUCCUCCAGUCUUUCAAUGUAGCAGAGUGGUAUUUAGAAACAUUUCAUCCAACCCACUUCAACAGGCUGGUGUUGUUUUGGUUUGGUUUUCUUUAUUUUAUUCAGAAAUGAAAGACGUAAACAUUUUAUGCAACACCAAUGGUUUUAGUUCUGUCAGGUUGAAAUGGCGUUCUGCAACAUGUCUGUCUCACCUGCCAACUGCAUGUCCGUCACUAGUGUUAGUCUUAACAUGUCUGUCUCACCUGCCAACUGCAUGUCUGUCACUAGUGUUAGUCUUAACAUGUCUGUCUGUCUCACCUGCCAACCGCAUGUCCGUCACUAGUGUUGGUCUCUGUGCUCCGGUGGGAGUUCACACACUGCUCUCUGUGUGGUAGUUUCCCCAAGGUACAGAUGCAGGAUCAGCUUACCCUCUCUCAAACCUAAUCUUGACCAUUUCCAGGGUAACUGAUCUUAGAUCUUCGGUUCUCUGGCUGCCAUUUUGGUUCCAGAGGCAGUGUUGUGUUUGCACUUUCCCAGUGAGUGACAAGUGUACAAUCACACCAACAUCUACCAAUGUGUCCUACCGAGUCAUGCUGGUAAUGACAAGAUACUGUACAUAUUAUAAAUAUAUGAGUAUACAUAUUUUUAGGCCAGUUAAUCCCAAUCUGUGCAUCGUGUGCCUUAUUCAACAAAUGAUCGAUAUACAGAAAUAUUGAGGAAAUAAAGUGAUUUGGUCCUGAAUGUCAUUAUUGUUACAAUAUAACCUAAGCAACUCUGAUUAUUUGAAUUCAGAGUGAAAUUUGUGUUCCACAUUUAAAUGUGUAUUUAUCUACCAAACUGCAGUUAUUUCGAUUCUAGAACUAAGAGUCGGUUUAGUCACCAACAUUCCAUUACAGAAUGCAGGCUGAAGCAAAGCAUGCUGGGAUUACAGUAUCCGUAUAUGACCUCAUGAAGAAGAAGGCUGCUGAUAGACCAAGCUGAGGUUCCAUGCAGUGAAUGUACUAUUAUGGCAUGGGGAUGUAGACUGACUCGUGUGUUCUCUCUAAACGCUUUGCUUCAUAACACUCAACAUGGCACUAUACAGCCAAUAUACAGUAAACAGUCGAUAGAGUACUCAAUAAACAUCCAACCCAGUAUUAAGGUAAACACUCCGGGUAAUUAUUAUAGAUCAAAGAUGUGUAUCUAAUGUCUUAAUAAACUGUUCCAUUAGAGUGAGCAGUGGUCAUGUGACCGGGACAUAAGAACAGGAUGUGGUCUUGUCAGAUGUCAGAUCUUACAUUGACAAUGAGGUUCAUGAUUUGGGUACAUUUACUUUAUUUGGGGAAUGAAUUUGUCUGCCUGUUUGGAACCUGAAGCCACAUUUUGUUAAAAAAGAUAAUUGUAUUAAUUAAAGUCUGUUGUCUAUCAGUCGUCCUCUGCUAACCAGUGUUUGGGCUCAGAGACACACACACCCCCCUGUUCCAUUGGUCCAGACAGGCUGUGCUCAGCUGUCUUGUGCAUUGCCAUAUUGACCUGGGUCUUUGUGUUGCAGUGUCAGUCUACAGCCUUCCUACCCUCCUGUCUAUCUAUGCUCUGUGUGCAGAUGAACCAGCCUCGUUGACAUUACCUUUCUAAUACUGUUCUGAUUGGACAGUAAGACCCCCUGAUGUUUGUUCAGAGUGUUUGUAGAUAUGUUGUAAAGUUGGAACUGUGAAUGUGUACAAAAUGAUCGUCUUUUGUUUCAGGACUUCUUGUUGAAUUUUUUUUAACACGGCAUGUAUAGUUGAAAUAAAAUAGUACUGC